AAAUUCCCUGGGCCCACAUCACCUCAUCACAAAAACAAAAACAAGCUCUAUAUAUCUCAGAUAUUGCCUCCAUUUUAUUUCUUCAAACAAAUAUUCACUCCUUCAAAAAAUCAAAUAAAAAUCCCAAUUCUUGCUGCAAAUGGGCGAGCAAGUUGAGAAAAACAAUGAAGGAGAGAAGGCGGCGGCGGGAGGCGGCGGAGAGGGAAAAGAGGGCCCCACCACGGUGGUGUUGAAGAUGGAAUUACAUUGCCAAGGCUGUGCCAAGAAAGUGAGGCGAUCCAUCAGCCAUUUACCAGGUGUGGAGACGGUGAAGGCCGACUUUGACACCAAGAAAUUGACGGUGACGGGAAAUGUGGACCCCAGCUGGCUCCGGGAGAAAGUCGAGCUGAAGACCAUGAAGAAGGUGGAGCUCAUCUCCCCUCAGCCCAAGCCCGACGACAACAAGGCUGGUGAGGUGAAGAAAGCAGAGGAUGAUAUUGGCAAGCCCAAAAAGGCUGUUGUUAGCACUGUGAUGAUGAAAACAAAGUUGCACUGUGACGGAUGCGCGCAUAAAAUAAAGAGGAUUAUAAUUAAGAAUUUUGAAGGUGUUGACUCAGUAACAACUGAUCUACAAAAGGAUCUGAUCAUUGUGAUCGGAACAAUGGACGUAAAUGAUUUGGUUACAUAUCUAAAAGAGAAGCUGAAAAGAGGAAUUGAGAUCGUUCCUCCAAAAAAAGACGACAGCGCCCCUGCCGCAGAGAAAAAGACAGAAGAGAAGGGGAAAGCAAAGGGCAAAGAAGAAGAAAAGAAAGACAAGGAAAGCAAAAUCGUGGAAGAAAGUGGUGAAAAGAAAAAAGAGGAUGGUGGCGACAAAAAAGAAGGCGAAUCGAAACCAGUGGCAGCGCCCGCGGCCGAAACUAAGGUGGAGACGAGCAAGAUGGAGUAUCAUAAUAGUUACAAUCCAGAAACGCACUAUGCCAUGCCCAUGGUGAUGUAUGGACAUGAGGAUUAUGACAUGCAUCGUCAUGAAAGUGGUGGCAAUAUGGGCUACUACAUGGCCGGGCGGGGCGGGCCUCCUCUGCCGCCGCCUACGUACUUGAGCGCGGAUGCGAAUGAUAACAUGUUCAGUGAUGAGAACCCAAACGGGUGCUCCGUCAUGUAAUUAUCUUCACUCCUAGAGUUGCAAUUUUCAAUUAUAUACAAGUAAUAGAAAGUGCAAUUAGUGUGUAACAUAGAGUAUAUAAUUCUCGUUCCGGAAAAUAUUGAAUAAACCUUUUGUAUUUACCUCUA